GAAGAAGGUAGGAGCGGGGCACUGGGCGGGGGUUUCAGCGGCAUCGGCGUCCGCACUGCGACAGAGGGACAAUAGCCGCGAGUUCCGGACACACCGUGGCCCCGCAUGCCGGGACAGUGCCGGUUAGGAACCACAAUGAAUUUUGAAUGGGAAUUUCAAAUACAGCAUCUCUGUUCAGAUAUUUAAGGAGUGACCAGAUAUUUCCUUUGUAAUGCCAAUAUAUCUGUUGUUGAUCCUUGAAGAUGAAGAAGUGUCUCAUCGCAACUGAAAAAGAGCCUUGUGUCUGAACUGAAGCUUUCUGUUCUAACUCAGUGCAAUCCCACUGGAACCGGGGUGCUGAAACACACCAGCAUUUUCGAGAUCAGUUCUUCAACUACACAGGCAUUCACUGUGCCUGACUUCUGAAUUGCCAGAGAACUGACCGCAGGGGGAUAAUCAUUCUCCUUUUCUCAGUGUGGGAAGGGAUUCACUCACUCAGCUGACCUGCAGGCCCACCGGUGAGUUCACAGUGGGGAGCGGCCAUUCACCUGCUGUGUGUGUGGGAGCGAUCAUCCAGCCUGAAGAUACAUCAGGAGGAUCACACUGGUGAGAGGUCGUUCACCUCCUCAGAUUGUGUGAAGAGACUCAGUCACCCAGCCCACUGAAGACGCACCAGUGAGUUCACAAAGGAGAGAGGCCAUUCAAUUGCUCUGUGUGUGGGAAGAUAUUCACUCGGUCAUGCAAUCUGCUGACACACGAGCAAGCUCAGACUCAGGAGAGGCUGUACAACUGCUCUGAAUGUGGGAAGGGAUUCACUCAGUCAACCUGCCUAUAGACACACCAGUCAGUUCACACUGGGGAGAGGCUGUUCAUCUGCUUGGUCUGUGGGAAGGGAUUCAUUUGGUCAUCUGAUCUAUUGGCCUACAGGUCAGUUCACACUGGGGAGAUGCCGUUUACCUGUUCCGUUCACCUGUUCAGUUCCACCUCCUUAGACUGUGGGAAGGGAUUCACUCAGUCAUCUCAACUGUUGGCACACCAGUCAGUUUACACGGGAGAGAGGCUAUUCACCUACUCAGACUGUGGGAAGGGAUUCACUUCAUCAUCUGACCUACUAGCACACCAGUCAGUUCACGCUGAGGAGAGUCUGUUCAUCUGUUCAGAUUGUGGGAAGGGAUUUCCUCGGGCAUUUCAACUGAAACUACAUCAGCAAGUUCACACCAGAGAGAGAACUUUCACUGACUCUGACUGUGGGAAGGGAUUCACUCAGCCGUCCAACCUACUUGCACACCAGCAAGUUCAAACAGGAGAGAGGCAGUUCAACUGUUCUUUAAGUGGGAAGGAGUUCACUCAGUCAUCUCACCUACAGACACACCAGUCAGUUCACACUGGAGAAAGGCCAUUCACCUGCUUAGACUGUGGGAGGGGAUUCACUCAGUCCCAACUGAAAGUACAUCAGCGAGUUCACGCCGGAGAGAGGUCCUUCACCUGCUCAGACAGUGGAAAGGGAUUCACUCAAUCAUCCCGCCUACUGUUACACCAGUCACUUCAUACUGCACAGUUCAGCUACUCAGACUGUGCGAAGGGAUUCACUCUGUCAUCUCAACUGAAGGUGCAUCAGCGAGUUCACACUGCACCGAGGCCGUUCACCUGCUCAGACUGUGGCAAGGGAUUUACUCUAUCAUCUCAACUGAAGGCACACCAGCGAGUUCACACUGCAGAGAGGCCGUUCACCUGCUCAGACUGUGGGAAGGGAUUCACUCAGUCAUCCAGCCUACAGAUACACCAGUCAGUUCACACUGGAGUGAAACCGUUCACCUGCUCAGACUGCGGGAAGGGAUUCACUCAGUCAUCUGACCUACUGGCACACCAGCGAGUUCACACUGGGGAGAGGCCGUUCAUCUGCUCGGACUGUGGGAGGCGAUUCACGCACUCAUCCAACCUACAGAGACAUCAGUCUAUUCACACUGGGGAGAAACCGUUCACCUGCUCGGUCUGUGGGAAAGGAUUCACUCAGUCGUCUGACCUACUGGCGCACCAGCGAGUUCACACAGGGGAGAAACCAUUCACCUGCUCAAACUGUGGAAAAGGAUUCACUCAGUCAUCUCAGCUGAAGGUACAUCAGCGAGUUCACACUGGAGUGAGGCCGUUCAUUUGCUCAGACUGUGGGAAGGGAUUCACUCGGUCGUUUCAGCUGAACGUGCACCAGCGAGUCCACACUGGUGAGAGGCCGUUCAUCUGCUCUGAAUGCGGGAAAGGAUUCACUCAGUCGUCCAACCUUGUGACGCACUACCGAGUCCACACGAGAUAAAAAGUUUAACUAUCCUGCCUGCUGGAUACUUAACCAUCACAGCUGCUGAAUCCAGAGGCAAGUUUAAAAGUGACCAUUGGUGUUGAACUCUGCAAUUAUUGCUGCUGCUCAUCACACCCAGUUCUGCACCCUGGACACUGGGCAUGGGAGGUCUCUUCUGCCGGUGUUUAUCUUUAAUAAGACUGCAGUUUAGUAUUCGGCAUGGAAUAAACAAACUCCUUGCAUCACUUUUGGUUCUUUAGCAAAUCACCUUUGUUGAGCAUCAUCUGGUUCUGGAUCCUUCUGCCAAGUGAGAACAUUGUUCAUACUAUCCUGUCUGUGUGUAUAGUGAUAAUGAGUACCACUGCCCUGGGUAACAAGUGGUCUGUAAAUUUCACACCACAAAUGUCCCACACAUUAACAAUUUGCAAAGAGAAAUUCUAAUCACCUGCCCUUGACAUUCAUUGACUUUGCCAUUGACCAUCACCUCAAGGUCACAGUGAUCAGAAGGUCGGCAGGAGCAGCUGUGUGAGUACCGUGAGCUCCAAGUAGGGCAGUGGGGCAUGCCCAGAGCUGUGGGAGCUGUAACAAUGGACAGAGGCACGUGGAGCCAGAUCACAGGUGGACAACGGGCAUGAUUAUCCCAUUCUGCUGAGGACAGGUAGGCAGCCAGGGAAAUUGGUGCUCAGUCCAGACGCCUGAAGUCUGAUGAGACAGAGGAUGAGGAUUUGUUAACUUCCAUGGAGCCUCACUGUUACUGUGUGAUGUCAGAGCUCGCAUUGGAGACCAAAACUAUCUCGUCUGAGAUAGCCCUUCACCCAUUGAUGUAUUUUGUAAAAUGUUACAGGGUGGGAAAACAAAGGAUUUGUGAGUGGCAAUCUCAAACACAACAACUCAUCAGUUCUGUGAAUCUCAGUUCACCAGCACUUGAAUACCAUCAAUCUUUGAAUGUCGCAUUGGCGAUGCUAGGUAGCAUCCAGGUAGAUACCACACCAAUUGUAGCAAGUAGAACCCAGACAUGUGUUCAGAGUAGGGGUGAGGUUUGAAUGAACCAACCUGGAGGUAAACCUUGUAAAUUGUCUUCAAGUUAUUAAAGGAGUGAAUGAAUAUUUCCUUUGUAACACCAGUGUAUCAGUUGCCAAUCCACAGGAAAGAAGGCAUGUCUCAUUCCAGCUUGAAAUGUGCAUCUGCUUUAUGUCUGAAAUGAACUUUCCUAUUUUAACUUCUCAUUGAAACCCACUGGAACCAGGACUCUGAGAACGCUCCAGCAUAUCUUCACUAGAGAUUAGACACUCUACUGCUUGAAAUGUGGGAGGGAGUCACUACGUCAUCUGACCCGGUGAGACAUCUUGAGAGUUCACAGCAGAGAAAAAUCAUUCAUCUGCUCUAAGUGUGGGAAGGGAUUCAGUUGUUCACCUGCUCUGUGUAUGGGAAGAGUUGUAAUCAGACAAGUGUGAUUGUUGGUGUCAGAUUCUGCAGUUAUUGCUGCUGUUCACCACACCUGGUACCGAACCCUGGUCAUUGGGCACAGGAGGUGUUUGUUCUAAUGACAGUAGUUUUAAUUGGACUAGAGUUAAA